GUGAAUCUGAUGUGAGAUGGCAUUGUCCCUGCAGUCUUCGCAGAACUCGAGAGGUGUGUCUGUGAGGCCGCUAUCAAGCAUGCGCCAAGAGUCGCUGCCGAUGCUGGCGGAGCGGCUGCUGGCGUCGCGCGCCGCCGCGCUGGUGGCGGGGCUGCCGGCCGAGCUGUACUCGGGCGCGCUGCUGGCCGCCUGGCCGCCCUCGCCGCCCGCGCCGCUGCUGCCGCCGCCCGAGCUGGACCGCGCCCGCAAGCGCCGCCGCACGCCCAAGCUCGACGACGCCGCCGCGCCGCCCUCCCCGCCCUCCUCCGGCUCCUCGCCCGGCGCCGCCGACCCCCCCCGCGACAAGCUCUUCACCUGCAAAGUCUGCUCACGGUCCUUCGGCUACAAACACGUCCUCCAGAAUCACGAGCGCACCCACACGGGGGAGAAGCCGUUCGAGUGCGGCGAGUGCCACAAGCGCUUCACGCGCGACCACCACCUCAAGACGCACCUGCGCCUGCACACGGGCGAGAAGCCGUACAGCUGCCCGCACUGCCCGCGCCACUUCGUGCAGGUCGCCAACCUGCGCCGCCACCUGCGCGUGCACACCGGCGAGCGCCCGUACGCCUGCGCGCGCUGCCCGGCGCGCUUCUCCGACUCCAACCAGCUGAAGGCGCACGCGCUGGUGCACGAGGGCGACGCGCCCUUCGCGUGCCGCUGCGGCGCGCGCUUCCGGCGGCGGCAGGCGGCGGCGCUGCACCGCUGCGCGGGCUCGGGCUGCGAGCCGGAGGCGCCGAGCCCGCCCGCCGCCGCCGCCGCCGACUGGCGCUGGGACGAGUGGCCCGAGCAGACGGAGCCGGAGGACCUGUCGCUGCCGCGGAGGCCGGCCACCCCUGACUCGCCCACCGACCUGCGCGUGCACUCCGCGUAG